GCUGACCCAGAGCUAGAGCUACUACGACGACGGCGACGGGGAGUGCGCAGUGACGCGACGAGCUACGCGGAGACAGUGCUACUCCGAGAAAAGCAAGGCGAGAGACACACCCGGUCAGGUCUCCCCUGGACUCCUCUAGAGCAAACACCAGGCAGAGCCAACUCGAAUCAAAGAGAGAGAAGGACAGAGUUUCCAAUCGGCGGGAGGGGCCGCUUCACUCUGGCCGGAGCCGGAGGGAAUUCGCUCAUCCAUUCAUCCCGCGACCAGGAGGAAUAUCCUGUCAAAAAAGCUAAUCCUGCUGAACACAAUAACGCGAAACAAUUUCUGCAGAGUCAGUGAUUUAUCUGCUAGCAUGGAAACACCCGAUAGCACUCACCACAGCGUCGCAAGCGUGCAGGAUGCUGGAGAGCCUGCACCAGUUCUUGCAGAAAAUCCAGACCCAUCCUUGGAGAUUCAAGAAAAGUUACCUCACAACUUGACAGGGCACAAGGAGAACUUGACGGAGCACCAUAUAGGGCAUAGUGUACCUGCAUCACCUGAAAUGUUCCCGCGCUCGGUUCCAGCUCAAGUAUCCAACAAUUCCUUGACCGAAAAGACAGAUGAUGCAACUUCCACAAAUAACAGUGAAAAAGUGAACAAUAUACCUCAUAAUGGUUCAUGCAGUGACAGUACCAUGGUAACAAGUGAAAGCAAAUCUAACGGGCACAAUCCGGAUCAUCGAGCGAACAUUGCCGCCACCCCAAAUAAGGGAGCAGAAACUGAAAGCAGACCAUACAAAGGCCUUGUUGACACUGCUGCACCAUUUGAGUCUGUUAAAGAUGCUGUCACCAAGUUUGGAGGAAUCGUUGACUGGAAAGCAUACAGAACCCACACAUUGGAGAGACGCGGGGCUAUGCAACUUGAACUUGAGAAGGUUAAACAAGACAUUCCACAAGUCAAAGGAAGUUCAGAAACUGCUGAAAUGGCAAGAUCGCAAGUGGUCGAGGAGCUAGAGACCACCAAAAGGCUUGUAGAGGAGCUGAAGCACAAGCUGGAGAGAGCAGAGGUUGAACUGGAGCAAUCAAAGCAGGAUUCUGAACUUGCACAGCUCAGGGCACAAGAAAUGGAGCGGGGGAUCGACAAUGGGGCCAGUGUAGUAGCUCAAACAGAGUUGGCAGUAGCCAAAGAAAGGCAUCAAAAGGCUAUUGAGGAACUGAAGAUGGUCAAGGAGGGAUUAGGAUCAACACAAGAACAGUACACCACCUUAGUAACCGAAAGGGAUGCAGCAACCAAAAGAGCAGAGGAAGCUGCUUCUGCUGCGAAGGAGACAGAGAAGCGGGUCGAGGAGCUUACUCUAGAACUAUUCGCAUCCAGAGAAUCUCUUGAGUUGGCGCACGCCGCGCACCACGACGCAGAAGAGCACAGGCUUGGAGCAGCCUUGGCAAAGGAGCAGGAUUGCCUGGCCUGGGAGAGAGAACUGCAGCAGGCGAAGGAGGAGCUGCGGCAACUCGAUGAGCAAAUCCUAUCGAAAACUUCUGCGCAGUCCAAACUUGAUGGAAACAAGGGCAUUUUUCUUAGGCUCAGUGCUGAUCUGGCUGCCUAUAUGGCAAACAAAUCAAGCGAAGAAGAUGGAGCAGUUGAGGAGCAUGGUUCUGAGGAAGAUAGAGAAAUGAGUGGGUCAAUCAAGCAAGCUCUAGCAUCGGCCAGAGUGGAGCUUGAGGAUGUUAGAGGAAACAUAGCAAAAGCAAAUGAUGAAGCCAACCUAAUACGAGCUGUUGCAGAAUCGCUGAGGACAGAGCUGGAUAAGGAGAAAGCCUCACUUGUUACAUUGCAGCAGAGGGAGAGCAUGGCGUCCAUCACACUCUCUUCUCUAGAAGCCGAGCUCAGUAGAACAAAACAAGAGAUAGAAAUGGCGUACACCAAGGAAGCAGAAAGCAGAGCAAAAAUGGCAGACAUUCCAAAAAUGCUGCAGCGAGCAGCCCAGGAGGCAGACGAUGCCAAGGUGGCAGCACAUUCUGCACGAGAAGAUCUGAGGAAAUCCAAGGAAGAAGCCGAGCAAGCCAAGGCCGCUGCCACGACUGCGGAGGUCAGGCUACGUGCAGCUUUGAAAGAAAUAGAGGCGUCUAAGGCAUCCGAGAGGCUGGCACUAGUGGCAGCCCAAGCGCUGCAAGAGAGUGAGGAGGCUACAAGCUCUGAAGAUUCUCCGAGAGUGACACUUCCGCUAGGCGAAUACCACCUUCUUAGCAAGAGGGUUCAUGAAGCCGAAGAGCUCGCCAGCGAGAGGGUGGCGGCAUCGUUGGCGCAAAUAGAGCUGGCGAAAGAGUCUGAGUCAAGGAGCCUGGACAGACUUCUUGAAGUGUCCAGGAGUAUGGACCAAAAGAAGGAUGCUCUGAAAAUCGCAUCGCAGAGGGCUGCCAUGGCAGAGGAGGGGAAACUUGGCGCCGAGGCGCAGUUGAGGAAAUGGAGAUCUGAGCAUAAGCAGCUUCGAAAAGCUCAUGAAGCUGCAAAACAUGCAACUAGUCCUUUGAGCACUCCAUUUGCUGGAUACAAGGAGGCCUCUUACCAGGAAAAUAAGGAAGUCCUUACAGAACCAAUAUCAUAUAUGUCAGAUAAUAGCAUGGGUGGAUUUGUUUCGGACAAGAAGCUACGCAAAAAGAAGUCAUUCUUCCCCCAAAUGUCCAGCGUUUUCUCUAGAAAGGUGCAGACACAAACAUAAAAAUGAUCAUAUGUACACACACAUCUUGUUUUACAUUGUACAGCGUAAAAUUGUAACUGGUGUAUUAAGUAAAUAAGGUUGUUUUGAGAAGCCUUGCGAUUUGUUGUAGACAACUACAGCUGAGGGCAUACCAUGUGUCUGUGAAUUA